CAUAACUCCCGUUCUCUUUCCCUCCAAAAGUUCGUUAGCAGACACAAACUCUCCAGAACAGAACUUGGAAUGCUUGGAAACAACUCCUCAUGAUCUCGUCUCAUGAACUUUGUUCUCAGACCCAAAUCACCCCUUCAUUUCUCAACCCUUUUCUCUUUACUCACCUAUCAAUCUCCCAGAUGCCUGUCCUCUGUAACCCCUUUGAACCAACCUCCCCAUCCCACCGAAGAAAACCUAAAAGGACUCAGAAGUUCAAAACCCAAUUACGAGCUCCUAAUCAUCUCCGCUUUGAAAGAUUACUCUUCUAUGUUAUUGAUUCCUAAAGGCCAAGGAAUCCAUGGGCAUAUAACAAAAUUAGGCCUUGAUUGCAAUAUUUUUAUCCGAAAUAGUUUAAUCAGCUUCUAUUCGAAAUGUGGGCUGAUUUCUAGUGCAAAAAGGAUUUUUGAUGACUGUGAGAAGCUUGAUGCUGUUUCUUGCAACAUUAUGCUCUCUGGCUAUGUGAAAUUAAGGUAUAUGAAUGAUGCCCGUGAGUUGUUUGACAAAAUGCCUGGGAAAAACUGCGUUUCUUUUACAACUAUGAUAAUGGGUCUGGCUCAGAACGGGUCUUCGAAAGAGGCAAUUAAGGUUUUCCAGGAAAUGAUGAUGUCCGGGGUGCUUCCAAAUAAAGUUACCAUGGCAAGUGUGAUUACGGCUUUUUUGCAUGUGGCUGGUGGGGGAUUUGAGAAAGGGAGAUCACUGCAUGGGUUGGUGAUGAAACUUGGGCUUGUUGGAUUUGUUAUUGUUUCGACUAAUUUGGUUCACAUGUACUGCUUACGUUCUCAUUUAAGGGAUGCGAGCAGGCUCUUUGAUGAGAUGCCUGAAAAGAAUGUAGUUUCAUGGAACGUGAUGUUGAAUGGGUAUGCUAAGGCAGGUUUGGUUGAUUUGGCUAGAGAGUUUUUUGAGAGGAUAGAUGAUAAAGAUGUGGUUUCUUGGGGUACAGUAAUUGAUGGUUAUGUGCAAGUUGGGAGGUUGACUGAGGCUUUAACACUUUACCGUGAAAUGGUUUGCACUGGGUUGGGGCCUAACGAAGUGAUGAUUGUUGAUAUAAUUUCAGCUUGCGGACAAUCUGCUGCUGUUAAGGAGGGUCUGCAGUUUCAUGCUGUAACCAUGAAGAAGGGCUUUGAUUGUUACGAUUUUAUGCAGGCAACAAUUAUUCAUUUUUAUGCUGCUUGUGAGGAGGUUGGUCUUGCUUGGUUGCAGUUCAAACUAGGAAGCAAACACCAUAUUGCAAACUGGAAUGCCCUCAUCUCAGGACUGAUUAGAAACGGAAGGAUUGAUGAAGCUAGGGUUUUGUUUGAUGAGAUGCCAGAGAGAGAUGUUUUCUCAUGGAGCUCAAUGAUUUCUGGUUAUUCGCAAAAUGAACAGCCUGGGAUAGCUUUGGAGCUUUUCCAUGCGAUGGUAGCUGGAGGAGUUAAACCAAAUGAAAUUACAAUGGUUAGUGUCCUAUCUGCAAUUGCUACAUUGGGUAGAUUAAAUGAAGGAAGAUGGGCUCAUGAAUACAUAUGCGACAACUCCAUCCCUCUUAAUGACAAUCUUAGUGCAGCAGUUAUUGAUAUGUAUGCCAAAUGUGGUAGCAUGAGCAGUGCUUUAGAAGUGUUCCAACAAAUGAAAGAUAAGGCAUCUGAUGUUUCACCAUGGAAUGCUAUGAUAUGUGGCUCAGCCAUGCAUGGACAUGCAGAACUGGCUCUAAGAAUUUUUGCUGACUUGCAGGGGCGUAAAAUCAAACUGAAUCCUAUUACAUUUAUUGGAGUCUUGAGUGCAUGCUGCCACGCAGGGUUGGUGGAAGUUGGAGAUCAACAUUUUAAGAGCAUGAAGAGUGUAUACAAUCUAGAGCCUACCGUCAAGCACUAUGGUUGCAUGGUGGAUCUUCUAGGUAGGGCAGGAAGACUUAAAGAAGCAGAAGAAUUAAUAAGAAGGAUGCCAAUGAAGGCAGAUGUUGUGAUAUGGGGAACACUACUGGCAGCAUGUAGAACACACGGUGAUAUGGAAGUAGGAGAAAGGGCUGCCGAGAAUUUGGCAAGAUUGGAGCCUUCUCAUGGUCCAAGCAGGGUUCUCCUGUCUAACAUCUAUGCUGAUGCAGGGAGGUGGGGUGAUGCAUUUUUAGUCAGGAAAGCAAUGCAAACUCAAGGAUUGAUGAGAUCCCCUGCAUAUAGUGGCAUUAUUUGAUUUAAUAACAAUCUUAUGAGCAUAGUUCGUAUUUGGGUCAUCUCUGUGUUUGGAUUUUUCUUCUUGGAUAAGUUUUUACAAUUCAUAUGCAUUAGGAUAAAUUCCUCGGCAGUUGCAGUUCACAGGAUUCAGCACUUAAAAUACUCUUAUACAAUGCUUUGGUCAAGCUCCUUUUGUACUUUAAAUUGAUGUGAAAAUACCUUUUAUUUUUGAACUGAGCAAUAGUUAAUAAGCAGCAUCUAAAUAUGGUUGCUUGGAUAUUAGUGAAAAUUGUGAAGAUUGUGUACGUGUAAACUGCUGUUAGUCUCCAAGCAAACUAGGGUAAGCU